AUGAAAAUAUCAACGAAUGCCAGUUUUCUUUCCAAUAUAAAUGUUCUUACCGCCAAUUUGAAAGUUGGCUCCGCACUAGAUCUGACUAUAUACGACAUGACUAAAUUAAUAGUAUAUAUGAUUCUGAUCUACUUUUCAAUCAUUUCUUAA